UUUGUAAACAUACGAUAAUUGGAAAAUAUCGCUCAAUAGAAGAAUCUUUCGUUAAUCUUGGUGAAAAAUUUCUUUACACAAAAUGUCCGUUUGCAAAGAAUUAUUAUUAUGCGAACUAUGUCUGACAAAUCGUGCAUUGAAGGAGCCCAUUAUCGUCCCUACAUUUCAAAGCGAUUUCCAUAAUUUCUUGCAGCAGCUUUUUGAGAAUUUUAAUAUCGAUGUUCCCGUCAAUGAGAUUCAAGCCAGGAUGUGUCCGAAAUGUGCAGCCAAGAUACUUACCAUGUGCGAGGAUCUUGAGUCAUGGCGUGCGGCUCAAAGCAAACGCGCAUCAUUAACAAAUCAAGAAGUCUUUGAAACUGUUGUAGUAAAAAUGGAACCCAUCGAAUCGGAUGAAGAAUUCAUAGACGAUGUUCAGCCGUUUCACGGGGACAUAGAACUGACUGAUGUGAAAUUAGAGUUAAAUGAUGACAAGAAAGACCACAUCAAAACUGAUGACGAGAAUCAGCUAAUCCUUCCAAACUCACUACCUGGGAAUUCAGUUACACCCGGCAUACAUCGACUUCAGUCGAGUGUCGUUUAUAAUGUGCGUCGCUAUAACUGCAAUCAUCCAGGUUGUAUGGCAUCGUUUGCCUACCAUCGAGCCUAUAUGACCCACGUCAAUAAAUGUCAUCUCACGCUCAUGGCUUGUCGCAAAGUACAUAAAAUUUGCCAAACCCAUAUUCGUAUUAGUCCCCGUAAACUCCGUGGCGGGGUUAAGAAUUCUCAUUAUAAUGAUUCUGGCCAAGGUCAUUUUAUUGCGGUGGAUGGAGAAGAGUCGCAAGACACCAUGAAAAAGCACGAUCUUAAGAAUAAAGCAAAACCGAAACAUGAAGUUAAACGAAAGAACUAUGAACUAAAAAGCACUAGUCAGGGGCAGUUUAUUAAUUUAAAUACUGUAAAAACUCUUGAAAAAUGUUCAACAUAGAUACAAAAUAUUCAUUAUUUCAUUAAUAUGCAUGUAUAUAUGUAUGCAUAAUGCCUAAACCCCUGAAAAGGAUUAAGUUUAAGAGCCCACAUUACCAUUAAGUCGAAUAAGCGAUAUCAGAGCCUAUUAGUUCUUCUUCUAUUGACUGUAGAAAUAAAACCAAAACCUUUGUUAAACACCA